AUGGGAAAUUCUUAUGCGGGGCAGCUUAACACAACACGUUUUGAAGAAGUGCUACAUAAUUCUAUUGAAGCUUCUCUCCGAUCCAGUAAUUUAGUCCCGAGGCCCAUUUUUUCACAGCUGUAUUUAGAAGCCGAGCAGCAGCUUUCAUCUCUAGAAGCAGGCAAUAGGGUAGAUAAUGAGGAAGAGGAGGAGGAAGAGGAAGAAGAUGAGGAAGGUUCAGAGUCAAGUAGUCCUCCUGUCACUUACCAGAUGAAAUCACCACCUGAAGGUUGUUGCACCACUGAUGGUUUCUGUCAGACUGGUAAAGACUUGAGGCUAGCCUCUAUUUUAAAUGAACCAAUCGAAGUGCCUUCAGGAUUUCUACUUGUUGGUGCAAAGUCACCAAGCUUACCUGAUCACCUUUUGGUGUGCGCUGUGGAUAAGCGAUUCUUACCCGAUGACUACGGGCACAAUGCCUUACUAGGUUUCUCUGGCAAUUGUGUUGGCUGUGGCAAGAAAGGGUUCUGCUACUUUACUGAGUUUUCUAAUCAUAUCAAUCUAAAGCUGACCACUCAGCCCAAGAAACAGAAACACUUAAAGUAUUAUCUGGUCAGGAAUGCACAGGGCACACUUACCAAAGGCUCUGCAAUCUGCUGGAAGGGGGCAGAAUUCAGAAAUCAACAAUCCUCAUCCAGCACUUGUUCCAACACAUUGUUUCAGCCUCCAGAGAGUACAGGCUCCGCAGCAACUGUUAUGAAUGAACCGUUUCUAGCAGCACAUCCAGUGAGUCAAGCUGGAAUGCAUCAAACAGCUCCUGAUCACCUCCCAUCAGCAGCUUGCCAUCCAGCCUACAAUGGGAAAGAUUCUUCCCAUCAACACUCACUAAAAAGCAAUUUACCUUCCAUGACUAAACCAUCAGCAUUAGGCACUUUAACAAAUCCAGGGCCUCCAAAAAAACGCCACAAAGGAUGGUCACCAGAGUCUCCCUCCUCUAACGAAGCCUGGAAUUUGCAGCCCAACUCACAAAUCCCAACCAGAAAUAAAAAUGGUAAGCAAAGAUUUUUUUAGGGGUGGGGUUCUAAUGGAGGAGGUGGGCUCUCCUGUUUACCUCAUGCUACUUUGGUAGGACCAGCAUCUUCUUCGAUAGUGGCUUCUGGGGAGCCAGUUUCAGUUCCUGAAAAUUUGCUUAAAAUAUAUAAAGUGAAGCCAGUCAUAUUUAAAGGGCAUGGGAACUUCCCUUACCUUUGUGGGAACCUUAAUGAUGUCAUAGUGAGCCCCCUUUUGUAUACAUGUUAUAAGAAUGCACAGUCUCUGUCUAGGUCUUAUGAACCAUAUGGAGCCUCCACUGUACAGCCAAUUUCAGAGGAAAUGCAGCUCUUAUUAACGGUGUAUUACCUUGUUCAGCUUGCUCCAGACCAGGUACCUUUGAUUGAGGAUUUGGAACAGAUCUUCAUGCGUUCAUGGCGGGAGACGCAUCCCUCUGAAAUCCGUCAAUAUCAACAGGCCAUUCCACGGGCUUUUCCUCACGUUCCUGGCCCCAUUGCCCCAGUCACAUCAGCUCAGCUCCCCUGGCUAGCAGGACUGGCAGCCAGCUCCUGCAACGACAGUGUCCACAUCAUUGAGUGCAACUGUUCGUUAGCUGAGGGGCUUUCAGAAAUGUUCAAGAUGCUCCUCGAGGGAAAGCUGGCAAAGACCAACUAUGUGGUGAUCAUAUGUGCUUGUAGAAACAGAACCAUAGACUCUUGCAUUGUGAUAACAGGGAAAUACCAAGCAAGAAUACUCUCUGAAAGCAUACUUUCUCCAGCAGAAUAUGAGAAAGAAGUUAGUUAUGAGCUAGUUACUGGGAAAGCAGAAGUUCUUGGAGCAUUCUUCGGUUCUCUCUGCCCAGAUGGUGACAUCGAUGUUUUGUUGGAUAAAUUUUAUCAAGAAAAUAGAGCCCACAUAUCAUCAUCUCUCUCUGCUUCUGCAAAUAAACCAGCAGCCCUGGAUGUAACUGGAGCAGCUGUGUGUACAAGUUAUAACCUUGAGCGACAUCAGAUCCGCCCUUUCCAGCUCACUGUGGCCCAGAAAUUGCUCUCUCACGUUUGCUCCAUUGCAGAUUCCAGCACCCAAAACCUUGACUUGGGCUCCUUUGAGAAAGUAGAUUUCCUGAUAUGUGUGCCUCCUUCAGAAGUGACAUAUCAGCAAACCCUUUUCCACCUCUGGCAUUCAGGUGUUUUAUUAGAGCUUGGCUUGGAGAAGGAACAUCUUACAAAAGAGAGAGUGGAACAAUAUGUUGUAAAACUUGACAUUGAUGCCCAGUUAAAGUUUAAAGCUUUUUUGCAAAACUCUUUGCAGAAUCCACACACACUGUUUGUACUCAUCCAUGACCAUGCUCACCGGGACCUUGUAAGCACAGUUCAUAGCCUGCAUCCUCAGUCAGAUCCAGCUGUGGGACUUGUGGAUAGACUGCUGAACUGUAGAGAGGUGAAGGAAGCUCCCAAUAUUGUAACACUUCAUGUGACUUCCUUUCCUUAUGCAUUGCAGACACAAUACACCCGCAUUAGCCCUUAUAAUGAAAUUCACUGGCCUUCGUUAUACAACAAUGGUAUGGACUUAUACCAUGAAAACAAGAAGUACUACGGAUUGCAUGAAUUCAUUGAAUCCACACUUUCUGGACACAGUCUUCCAUUGCUUCGUUAUGACAGCUCUUUUGAAGCAAUGGUCAUGGCUUUGGGGAAAAGGUUUCCUCGGCUGCAUAGUGCAGUGAUAAGGACGUUUGUUCUUGUCCAGCACUACUCUGCAGCCAUGAUGGCAAUAUGUGGCUUAUCCCAGAUGAAAAAUUACACAACUGUUGAAACUCUAGAGAUCACCCAGAACCUCAUCAAUUCUUCCCGGCAGUGUCCCAGUGGACAUGGGCUGAUGGUCGUCUUAAGGAUCCCUUGCAUGCCAUUGGCAGCUGUGGCUUAUGAACGCCUCAACCAUGUGAGGGAAAGGCUGGCUUUGGAAGGCCAUUUUGAAAUCAUCUUGGGGAACCCCAACUCUGGAAUCAACAUAGGGAAGCACUUUGUGGAACAACUCAAGAACUGGCAGAAAAUUGAAGAUGCUGAUUGGAGGCCCCAGACAUAUUUGGAACUGGAGGGUCUGCCUUGCAUUUUGAUUUUCAGUGGAAUGGAUCCUCAAGGAGAAUCCCUCCCAAGAUCCUUGAGAUACUGUGACCUACGGUUGAUAAACUCCUCUUGCCUGGUGAGAACAGCCUUGGAGCAAGAGCUUGGCUUGGCAGCCUAUUUUGUCAAUUCUGAAAGUACAGUAGAAAAAGUAGGAGCCACAAAUGAUGUCCUGGAGAGUGACCCAGAAAAGCUGAGCAGUACUGAUAAUGAAGAUGAAGAAAUAGUAACGGAAGGCUCAGCUUCAGAAAAAAGAAGCCCUGUGAAAAGGGAGAGAUCUGGCUCCCGUGAUUCUGCCGAUUCCUCUGUCUCUUCGAAAGCGUCAAGCACACCAUUUUGCAGUGAAGCAUCUGCAGGGGAGGUAGGAAAAAGAUCACCCCAUCAGAUGCUAAGCAGCAGUAAUGAAGAGAGUGUGAACAACGCUGAAAAGCCAAGACCAAAAGUGGACAAAGAGUCCAAACAGACCACAAAAGCUGCUCAGGCUUCUAUCUCUUCAUCAUCACCCUCUCCUUUCUCAUCUUCCUUGGCCUCUUCUGCCCCUACCCAUGCUUCCUUGCCUCUGCAGGGCUCUCAGUGUUCCAUGACCAAGGUUUCCCAGCAACCUCCCAUAGUAUACCUUCCCAAACUGAUGUAUGACAUUGUGACCUCUGCAGACAGCACAGGUCUUCCCAAGUCCUCCUCCCUCUUGCCUUAUCAUUCAGUAAUGUGGGCAAGUUCUUUUCGCCCUCUCAUGAAUAAAAUGAUGACCUGCACAGAGCAGUCCCUCUAUUAUCGCCAGUGGACAGUUCCCAAGCCAAUCCACAUGGACUACAACAAUAGGAAUGAAGGGAGGAUGGAUGCUUUUCACCCAAGGAGGCUGCUGCUGAAUGGGCCACCCCAGAUAGGAAAGACAGGUGCUUAUCUACAGUUUCUUAGCAUUUUAUCUCGAAUGUUGAUUCGGCUGACAGAAGUGGAUGUUUAUGAUGAAGAGGAGAUCAAUAUCGAUCUGAAAAUAAAAUCAGAACAAUAUUAUCAUCAGCCAGGAGACACAUGGCCUGACUUAGAAACAUUUAAAAAGAUGCCGUUUGAUUAUACAAUCCAUGAUCCAAAAUAUGAAGAUGCAAGUCUCAUUUGUUCAGCAGUACAGAAGACAAAGAGUGAAGAUAGAUCAACAAAGAGAAAAUCAGAGGAUUUGUAUAUGCGCCGUCAGACAACUCGGAUGAGAUUAUCCAAAUAUGCUGCUUACAACACUUACCAUCAUUGUGAACAGUGCCAUCAGUAUAUGGGCUUUAAUCCCAGGUAUCAGCUUUAUGAAUCCACCUUGCAUGCUUUUGCCUUUUCCUAUUCAAUGCUUGGAGAGGAGAUUCAGCUACACUUCAUCAUCCCUAAAUCUAAGGAGCACCAUUUUGUCUUUAGCCAUCCAGGAAGGCAGCUGGAAAGUAUGAGAUUGCCUCUUGUCACAGAUCAGAGCCAGGACUACAUAAAGAGCCCUACUUUUACUCCUACCACAGGACGCCAUGAACAUGGACUUUUUAAUCUUUACCAUGCAAUGGAUGGAGCCAGCCAUUUGCAUGUUUUAGUUGUCAAAGAAUAUGAAAUGGCAAUAUAUAAAAAAUACUGGCCCAAUCACAUCAUGCUUGUUCUGCCAAGUAUUUUCAACAGUGCUGGAGUGGGAGCUGCUCACUUUCUAAUAAAAGAACUCUCUUACCAUAAUUUGGAGCUGGAACGAAACCGGCAAGAAGAGCUUGGCAUUAAGCCUCAAGAUAUCUGGCCUUUCAUUGUCAUCUCUGAUGACUCCUGUGUGAUGUGGAACGCUGUUGAAAUUGAUUGUUCUGGCGACAGAAAAAGUGAAUACACAUGGACAGAAAAGAAUAUUUCUUUAAAGCAAAUUCUUCAGCACAUUGAAUCAACUCCCAGUGUCACCCACUAUGCCUUGAUUGGGAUGAGGAAGUGGUCCAGUAAAACUAGGUGUGGAGAUAUCAAGGAGCCAUUCUCAUGUUGCCAUGUACAUGAUUUCAUCCUGCUGAAUGUGGACCUGACCCAGAAUGUCCAAUAUAACCAGAAUAGAUUUGUGUGUGAUGAUGUGGAUUUCAAUCUACGCGCCCACAGUGCCGGCUUGAGGAUCUGCCGGUUCAAUCGAUUUAGUGUCAUGAAGAAACAAAUAGCAGUGGGUGGGCAAAGGUCCUUUCAUAUCAAAUCAAAGGUGUCAGAUAAUUUAAUUAGUAUUGGUCCAGCUCAAUAUAUAUGUGCCCCCGACAGCAAGCAUACGUUCUUGGCGGCUCCUGCUCAGUUGUUGCUUGAAAGGUAUCUCCAGUAUCACAGCCAUCGCUUCUUCCCUCUUUCACUGAAGAAUUAUAGCCACCCAGUGCUAUCUGUGGAUUGUUACCUUAAUUUGGGACCACAGAUUGCAGUUUGCUAUGUUAGUUCCCGACCUCAUUCCCUGAAUGUUAGCUGCUCUGAGAUGAUAUUCAGUGGACUCUUGCUAUAUCUCUGUGAUUCCUUUGUUGUAGCCAGCUUCUUGAAGAAGUUUCACUUUUUGAAAGGGGCCACCUUAUGUGUCAUUUGCCAAGACAGGAAUUCCCUACGCCAAACGGUUGUCAGGCUGGAACUGGAAGAUGAGUGGCAAUUCCGGCUAAGAGAUGAGUUUCAAACUGCCAACGCCAAAGAAGACAAACCCCUCUUCUUUUUGACAGGACGGCAUAUUUGAUAAGACUUUAUCCAACAUCUUCAAGUGGCCUCUUCCAACCAAAAAUAGGUUGUGAAAAUGGGGCGUGGGUGGGGGCUGACAUGUUCCGCUGAAGUUUCAAAAAGACCCACAACGUAGACACAAAAUGUAGGCAACUCUGAAAUAUUUGUAUUAUAGUUCUAUUUUAUUUGACACAUUUGUGUUUAUACUUUCAAACUCUGUCUGUAUCUUUUAUAAUUUAAGGUGUUUAAACUGCUCUUGCUGUAUUGGGAGUGGAGUAGAAUUACUGCUUGUCUAGCUGAGUUGUUUAUAGGUUCUCCUUGUCUUUGUUUUGGUUGUAUAAAUUAUAGAGAUUAUUUUGUCAUGAAAUAGUAGUGAUGAUAUAGUUCAAUUCUUAGAAGUAGAUCCUCUUAACCUUUUGUUGAAUUAGAAGUCACUAUACAAAAAUGCUACAUUCUUAGUAUAUAAUGCAGCUGAUAAGUGAACAGCUAUGUGAAAAGUUUUGGGUAGAGUGCUAGAGGCAAAAAUGAACUGGGCAGUUGUCCCAUGCAAGCCCCAAUGAAGUGAAUGGGAGAUGUGAAGAGCAUGGCAGUGCUUACCAGACUCAGCGGGAAUUGCAGAAAAGAACUGUCCAAGGGAUUGUGCCUUAUACUAUAUUUCCAUUAUAAUGAAAACGGACUUUUAGGCCUUUACCCUAUUAGUAACUUCAAGCAUCUUCCAGGAUCACCCCUUGCCGUUGCUCAGGUGAUAUAAAGCCUGUCCUCAUUACUGUUGUAUAGGCACAAGACUGGGUGGAUGAUUCUAGAAGAUGCCACUGUAUAAGUAUAUAUACUGAACAAGCCACUAGUGGUGAUUUCCCUCAUUCUAGUCUCAGAAUUGUUGUCUGUUCUACAUAACUUUUACAAUGGAGGCGUUUAUAAGACACAGAAAUGCUGCCAUAAGGAUGUUUACUGAUUCACUGAGAAUAUUUGAAAAUGAAAACAUACGAAUUUUAAAA